AUGGACCUAACAUUUCAUUUCUUUUUAUUUCCUUCUUUUCGCUUAUUUUCUUUAUUUAAUCGCAUCCUUCUUUUUCCUUCCUUCCUUCCUUCCUUCCCUCCUUCCUUCCUAUCACGUUUCUUUUUAUUAUUUUUUCAUUUUUAUCACCUAUUUUUAUUUUUCCUUCCUUCUUUUCUUUCUUCUUUCUUUCCUUCUUUCUUUCUUUCUUUUCUUCCCUCCUUCCUUCUUUCUUUCUUUCUUUCUUUUCUUCCUUCCUUUUUUCUUUCUUUCUUUCUUUCUGUCUUUCUUUCUUUUCUUCCUUCCUUCUUUUUAUAUUUUUGUUUUCUCCUUUUUUUUUUUCUUUUCUUUCUUUCUUUCUUUUUUUCUUUCUUUUCUUCCUUCCUUCCUUCCUUCCUUCCUUCCUUCCUUCUUUCUUUCUUUCUUUUUUCUUCCUUCCUUCUUUCUUUCUUUCUUUCUUUCUGUCUUUCUUUCUUUUCUUCCUUCCUUCUUUCUUUCUUUCUUUUCUCCCUUCCUUUUUCUUUCUUUCUUUCUUUCUUUCUUUCUUUCUUUCUUUCUUUCCUUCCUUCCUUCCUUCCUUCAUUUUUGCAUUAUUGUAAUCUAUUUUCUUUCUUUUCUUUCUUCUUCCGGACUAUUCUUCUAUUGUCUUACUUUCUUUGGGACAAUAUGGAAUAUACUUUCAAUCUUUCUUUUUUUCUUUUUUUCUUUCUUUCUUUCUUUUUUCUUUCUUUCUUUCUUUAUUUAUUUAUUCUAGUUCAUUUUUAUUUUAUUUUUAUAUUUCUUUACAUCCUCCUUUCGCUUCAUUCAUCCAUCAUUUUUUUUCCUUCUUCGUCAUCAUUCAUUAUUUUUUUUUCUUUACUUUAUUUAUCGAUUUGGUUUUGUUGCUUAUUAUUAACUUGUUUUUUUUUUUUCCUUUUUUUUUCUCCUGCCACCAUUCCUCCAAUCUUCCUUCCAUUUUUACUCUCUCUUUUUUUAUUUCCUUCGUCCUUUUCUUCUUUUUGUUCCACCCACUGUUUUCCGGUUUUCUUACAGGUGAAACACAAACCCAUACAUCAUUCAGGCAGCAUCCCAGAAGAAUAA